AUGAAUGUAAGCAGCAUAAGCAAGAGCAUGAUGGAGUUCCUGAACCGCAGUCCAGCUACCAUCGCUGUAGAGACGAGUAUUUUACUCCUUAUUGGACUGAUUGCCAUUGGAGGAAAUCUUCUGGUAGUACUCUCCAUCUAUCGUAAUACCAGCCUUCGUACCAUCACUAACUACUUUGUACUCUCGCUCGCGAUGACUGACAUUCUUAAUCCGUUACUCUCAUUGCCUUUUACUCUCGCCUGGUCCAUAAGAAGUCGUUUUUUCAUGGGGUAUGAAGUAUGUGAUUUCCAAGUCAUCGUCAGCAUCAGCCUCAUGCAAGCGUCAAUAACAAACAUUGUCCUAAUGGCUGUCAACCGGUUUAUUCGUGUCUGUAAGCCACACAAAUACGCAAAAUAUUUCAACCGAAAGAAUUCUUUAGCCAUGAUCGUCGCUGUUUGGGUGAUCCACGUCAUAAUCGUAGUUUCGGUUAUUACGGAUGGGAAAAUUGUCUUCGCUAAUUUUAAGGCAAAUAAGAUUAUGUGCAAUCUUACUAGAGGGGAAAAAACGUCGCUAUCUAGCAUAUUUUUCAACAUAGCCAUCGUAAUUUUCUUUUUGGUUCCAUUUACGAUUAUUGUCUAUUGCUAUUACAAAGUUUUUAAAAAGAUACGGGAACACAAGAGAAACGUCGCUCCUCCGUCCAACCCAAACAGCCUGGGCACGUGUAGACAAGAAAUCAAGGUCACGUGGACCAUGUUUGCAGUAUUAGUGGGGUAUUGCGCGACAUGGUUUCCGGUUCUCAUUGUGGUGUUAGUGUCUAGCAUGACACGGCUAUCGGGUGCGGUCCAUAUGAUCGUGACAUAUAGCAUGGCCGGCAGCAGUGCUAUCAAUCCUGUUAUAUAUGGAGUGAUGAACCCAGCGUUUAGGCGAGAAUUUAUUAAGAUUCUAAAACUUUGUAAAUAG